CCGCCGGGACUCGCAGUGGCUUGGUCCCGCGGUGACGGCGGCGGCGGCAGCGGCUGUAGCGGCAGCGGCGGGGACUGGCGUCGGGGCGCAGAGCCCGAGCCGAGCGGAGCCGGAUCCCGGGGGAGCGCGUUCUGCCGCAUGUGAUGAAAGUGUCCGCUCUCAGGGAAGGCACAGCCAUGGCUUCCCCACCGCCCCGGGAGAUGGAGGAGGAGCUGGUAUCUGCUGGCUCAGAGCCAGGUGACCCUCGGGCUAAACCUCCUGUCAAGCCCAAACCCCGGGCCCUGCCUGCUAAGCCAGCCCUGCCUGCCAAGCCUAGUCUGCUGGUGCCUGUUGGGCCUCGGCCUCCCCGGGGUCCCCUGGCUGAGCUGCCUUCUGCCCGGAAGAUGAAUAUGCUGGCAGGACCCCAGCCCUACGGUGGCAGCAAGCGUCCCCUUCCCUUUGCACCAAGGCCUACAACCGAGGCCUCUACUGGAGGAGAAGCCACUCGAGAGACUGGAAAAGAGGAGGCUGCAAAAGAAGAGGUGACCCCUUUGACACCCCCAGCCCGAUGUGCUGCCCCAGGAGGUGUGCGGAAGGCCCCUGCCCCCUUCCGUCCAGCCUCGGAUCGCUUUGCAGCCACCACAGUGGAAGAGAUCCUGGCCAAGAUGGAACAGCCUCGGAAGGAGGUCCCUGCCAGCCCUGAUCGCCUUUGGGGCUCCCGCCUCACCUUUAACCAUGAUGGCAGCUCGAGAUACGGCUCCAGGACCUAUGGUGUGGCCACAGGUCCCAGGGAUGAGGAUGGUAGGACCCUCUCCAGGGGGUGGUCCCAGGAGGGACCAGCAAAGUCUCCCAGCCAGUGCCAGGAAGAGUAUCACAAGACCCCUGAGGAGAGGAAUGCCCCUUUGGACGUGGCCUUCAACGGUGACGUAGUUCAGGCAGCCAGCUCGGACCCACCUGCUGAUAUCUCCAAGUCCUGGGAUCCCUCAAGUCCAGGCCCUGCCUCAGAGAAGGGAGGCUCCACCAGCUCAGGCCUCCCCGCUGAAGUCUCAGACCUAGCCCCUGGGUCUCCCCGACCUCGCUCACCUGAUGAGGGGUCUCCCCGACCUCACUCACCCAAGGAGGGGUCUCCCCAACUUCACUCACCCAAGGAGGGGUCUCCCCGACUUCACUCACCUGAUGAGAGCUUGCCCUGGCACUCUCAGCUUCCAGAAGCCCAGAGACCUGUGGUUUCUGGGCCCUCCCCCUGCCUCCCUAUGACCCCAGCAUCCCCAACUGUAACCCUGCCCAAUGAGGGUCAGAGCUCCUGCUGCCCCCCAAGCUCAGGGCUCCCUGUGGUGGAAGCCCCAGAGGCCCCCAUACCUGGCAGUCCAGCCUUUGAGAAGGUCUCAGGCCUGGAGCAGCCCCCAGCUACCUCUGCCCAGCCCCUGAUGGAGGGGGAUGAGUUGCUGGAUCUUCCUCGGACGUUUCCAUCUGGGGAUGUGGUGGCCCAGGGUGACCUAGACCGUCCCAUCGGCCUGGCCCAGCGCCGAUUUUCUGAAGGUGUGCUCCGGCCUCCUGGCCAAGACCAGGAGAAGCUGGGGGGCUCGCUGGCUGCCCUGCCCCAAUCCCAGGGGAGCCAGUCUGCCCUGGAUCGUCCCUUUGGGAGUGGGACAGAGUCCAACUGGAGCUUGUCACAGUCCUUUGAAUGGACCUUCCCUACGCGGCCUUCAGGUCUCGGGGUGUGGCGUCUGGACUCCCCACCUCCCUCCCCCAUCACUGAAGCCACUGAGGCCGCCGAGGCCGCCGAGGCUGGUGACUGGGCUGCAUCCAGCAGAGAGGAAGGGGUGUCCCAGCAGGGGCGAGGGGCCCGGUCAGCUCCAGAGGGGCCAGGAAGGCCUGGUUCCUGGGUGCAGGUGGAUGAUCCGGGCAUCUCCCCAACCCAGAAGGCGGAUGGGGAGAGUCAGCCACAGUCCCCCGUUCCCCUCAAGCCCUUACCAACACCAGGGGGCACACCUGGAGUGGCCUUGUUGCAGGCAGAGGAGAGGUAUGAGGAGCGGGAGCCCCUGGCUGGACAGGAGUCCGUGCUCCCUCUGGCCACCAGGGGGGCCGCUCUGCCCGUCCUGGAGCCGGCCCUGGGGCAACAGCAGCCAGCACCCCCCGACCAGCCCUGUGUCCUCUUUGUUGAUACCCCGGACCCCCAGCAGGCGUUGCCUGCUGAGGAGGAGGCCAUGACCUUGGUCCAGGCUGAAGCCGCCCAAUCUAGGACAGAACGUCGAGACCCCUGUAGCGUGUCCCCUGAGCCUGCAGGCCCUGACAGCAGCUCCCGCUGGCUGGAUGAGCUCCUGGCCUCGCCACCACCUAGUGCGGGCAGCACAAGGCGGGGAGCUGGAUCUGAGACCCCGGCAACCUGCUCUGAGAGGCUGUUAGCCAAUGUGGCGCUGAGGGAUGAGGCUGGCCGGCUCCGCGGCCCGGAGCCCAGGGCUCCCCCGCCUGAAGGAGGACUUCUUGGCUGGGCCCAGAAAGAUCUGCAGAGUGAAUUUGGGAUUGCGGCAGACCCACCUCCCAGCAGUUUUAGUCCUUCCAGCUGGUCCCAGGACACUUCUCAGAACUACAGCCUCAGGAGUGCAAGCCCUCGAGGGGACCCAGGCCUUGGAGAAGGAGACUGGACUAGCAAGCGAGGGCAAGCAGCAGGGGAAGGGAGUGCCAGGGAGUGGGCCAACAGGUGUGGCAUUGGCCAGGAGGAUGAGGUCGCCAGCCGGGAUGGGAGUGGAGUGUCUGCCCCGGGGGGCCUUUCCGCCCAGGACCGGGUGAUCGGAACACCAGCCCAGCUUGGUACUCAGCAGAGUCAGGAGGCAGAUGUUCAGGACUGGGAGUUCAGAAAGCGGGAUUCCCAGGGCACUUACUCUAGCCGGGACGCGGAGCUCCAAGACCAGGAAUUUGGGAAGAGAGAUUCACUGGGUGCUUACAGCAGUCGGGAUGUAUGCCUUCAGGACUGGGAAUUUGGGAAGAGAGACUCUCUGGGUGCUUAUGGCAGCCAGGAUGUAGAUGAGCAGAGCCAGCAGUUGGGGAAGAAGGACCACGUCGGCAGGUACGGCAGCCAGGAUGCAGACGGGCAGGACCACGUUGGCAGGUUCGGCAGCCGGGAUGCAGACGGGCAGGACCAGGAGUUUGGGAAGAGAAAUUCUUCACUUGGCACCUUUAGCAGCCGGGGUGCAGAGCAGCCGGAUCAGGAUUUUGGGAAGAGUGCCUGGAUGAGGGACUACAGCAGUGGCAGCCCCCAGGACCGAGGGUUCGGGAUGAGAGCCCUGAGUGCCGGUUUCAGCCCUGAAGAAGCCCAACAGCAGGACGAGGAGUUUGAGAAGAAGGUCCCGAGUGGUGGAGACGGUCUGGGCGAGACCAGCAGGGAGGCAAGCCAGCCUGAAGAGAGAGGGUCAGGGAGCCUCUUCAGCCCCAGCACCUCCCAGUCCCAGGACGGGGCACUGGGACAGAGAGACCAGAGCAGCUGGCAUGGUGGCGGUGCCGGCCAGGAGGCAGGGGGCCAGAGGCCGGCCGAUGCUGGCCAGGAAGACAGGGAGGUGGGCCGGCGAGGCUGGGCGGACAACUUUAGCCGUGGCGUUGUCCCCCAGCCGGAGGCCACCUUCAGCCCAGGGCAGCGCGACUGGAGCAGCGACUUCUGCGUGGAGGCCUCUGAGAGAGGCCUCCAGUUCGGCAUCAUCGGUGAUGACCGGGCGGGCGGUGCUGUCCUCAGCCCUUCUGGCCAGAUCGCAGGUGGCCCCUUUGUGCCUCCGGAGAAGACCCCGGCCGGGCCUGUGGACUGGACCGACCAGCUGGGCCUCAGGAACUUGGAAGUGUCCAGCUGUGUGGCCUCUGGGGGCUCAAGUGAGGUCAGGGAGGAGGCUGUGGGGCACAUGGGCUGGUCAGACAAGCUGGGCCUGAGAGAUGUGGGCCUGGCUGGCCAUUUGGAGUCUGGAGGGUCUGAGGAGCCCAGAGUGAUUGGGGUUGGGGAGAAGGAGGACUGGACCUCCAAUGUCGGGGGGAGGGGCAGAGAUCUGGCUGGUGUCGGGGAGGUAGGGAGCCCCAGCCAGCCCAGAGAGAGCGGCGUGGGACAGACCGACUGGUCGGGCGUGGAGGCUGAAGAGUUCCUUAAAUCAAGGGAGCGUGGGGUGGGACAGGCAGACUGGACACCAGACCUCAGCCUGAGGAGCAUGGCCCCGGGGGCAGGCUGUAGCCCCAGAGAGCUUGGGGCAGGCCAGGUGGACUGGGGCAGCAGUCUGGGCCUAAGGAAUUUGGAGGUGCCAUGUGACCUAGAGUCUGGAGGUUCUCGGGACCCACGGGGAUGUGGAGUGGGCCAGAUGGACUGGACCCAGGACUCGGGUCUCCGGGACGUGGAGCUUUCGGGGGCCCCAAGUGAAGCCAGGGAGCAUGGGGUGGGAGAGGUCAGCCAGUGCCCGGAGCCAGGGCUCAGGGACCACAGCGUCUUGUCCCCGGGCCUGGAGGCCAGAGAGCUGGGGCCUGGAGGAACAAGUGGGCCAGAGACCCAGGGUGAAGGCCGCUCCACCCCUUCCCUGGAGACCCGUCCUGAAGAUCCUGGGAUGGAGACAGGAGAAGCCCCUGGCUUUGGAACCAGUCCUGGCAGGUGCCUGGCCCGCUCCCCGCCCUCUGGCUCCCAGGGCCUGCUGGAGGAGAUGCUGGCUGCCAGCAGCUCCAGGGCAGCAGCCCGUAGGGAGUCAGCAGCCUCGGGCCUCAGGGGCCUGUUGGAGGAGGAAGGAGCCACAGCAGGUGCUGACCAAGGGGAGCCCCCGGAGCCUAGCGGGGACCCGCUGCCUUCCUGGAGGCCGCAGCCGGAUGGUGAAGCCAGCCAGACAGAAGAGGUGGAUGGCACCUGGAGUCCUUCAGGGGUCGGGCAGGGCGAGCAGGGCCCGACACGGCCCCCUCGGCGGCCCCCCCAAGGCCCUCCUCCCCGCUCUCCCAGUCAGGACUUCUCCUUCAUUGAGGACACCGAGAUCCUUGACAGUGCCAUGUACCGGAGCCGCGCCAACCUGGGGCGCAAGCGAGGACACCGGGCCCCGGCCAUCCGGCCUGGGGGCACCCUGGGCUUGUCCGAGGCCGCAGACUCAGAUGCGCGCCUGUUCCAGGACUCUACGGAGCCACGAGCUUCUCGGGUGCCGUCUUCGGACGAGGAGGUGGUGGAGGAGCCUCAGAACCGCCGGACGCGGAUGUCCUUGGGCACCAAGGGGCUGAAAGUCAACCUCUUCCCUGGCCUGAGUCCAUCAGCCCUAAAGGCUAAGCUGCGCCCCCGGAACCGCUCGGCUGAGGAGGGGGAGCCUGCAGAGAGCAAGCCGAGCCAGAAGGAGCCCGCGGUGCAGCGUUCCAAGUCCUGCAAGGUCCCUGGGCUGGGGAAGCCCCUUGCGUUACCUCCUAAGCCAGAGAAAUCCUCAGGGUCAGAAGGAUCAUCACCCAACUGGCUACAAGCCCUGAAGCUGAAGAAGAAGAAGGUCUGAGAAGUCCUCGAGGUCCUUCCCAUCUGGCAGUCUCAGGCAGUGCCCAUUCCUGUGGGGUCCCCGGCGAGGAGAUGGCUGGAGCCCCACCAGGCCCCAGGCUGCAGCCUCUGUCCCCUUCCAUGUCUGAGGAGCGUCUGGGGAGGCACAUUUAUGCACUUUGUAUCCCCUCCCUUCCCAACGUUUCCCCCCCACCCCCACCCCCUUCCCUCCUGACCAGAUUCAGGCAUUUGUGGUUGAAGGUUUUGGUCCCUCCUCCCUCGCUCUCUUCACACCUCCCUCUCUGCUUCCUCCUCCAGCCUCCCUCGGGUUUUCUUUUGAUACCAAUUUAUAGCAUUUUUUAUAAAAGCCUUUGAUUUUUGUAAUGGGCGGAGCCCUGCCCCAGCCCCAGCCCAGGCCUCCCUUCGCCCUGCCAGGUGCCCCCACAGAGACCAAUUACAUUUUGCCACUUGAAACAAUAAAGUUUUUUGGGAAUUGGUGCUGCCCAG